ACGAUCAUGUCUCAGCAGCAACCCAGAUACACCACGACACCUGACUAUGGCAGUGAGAAAGUCCUUUUCCGUGAUUCACCGGCGUACGAACGAUGCCGGUGCAUGAACCCAACCGCCGAGACCCCAGAUCGCUAUCCUCGCGAGAUCCAUUUGGUGGAAACCGCCGCCGAUGUGGCUGCGGGUCUCAAGCGGGCCUCUGAGCUCAAAACAACCGUGGGGAUUCGAUCAUCGGGUCAUAUCAUGAACCUAGGCAACCUCAUCCAAGACGGAAUCCUGAUUGAUACCGUCAACCUCAACCGCCACGUUGACUACAACCCUGUGACCCGUGAGAUCUGCUUUGGACCAUCUUCGCGCGUGGAGGAACUGGCCGCGGCAUUGGGAUCGGUUCAACGGUUUUUUCCGCACGGACAUGCACCAACUGUCGGCUCAGGCGGUUUCAUGCUCGCUGGGGGCCAAGGAUGGUUUGUCCGCGGCUGGGGGGCAACCAGCCAGACCUGGAUCGAGCGUUUUGAGGUUGUCGUCCCCGAUGGGCGUGUGCUCAUCGCCAGUCGUACUGAGAAUCAAGACCUCUUCUGGGCAGCCCGUGGCUCAGGCUUGGGGUUCUUUGGCGUUAUCACGCGCUUCUGGGGACGAACCAUCCGUGCCUCCAAGAUGUGGGAGCGCACCUUCAAGUUUGAGAUUGAUGAUAAUAGCUAUGAGCCCCUAAUGACCUGGACCAUCGAGCGAGGUCGCCAUACUCCCAAGUACGGAACCGAUCUCAAUAUCACGAUUGACUACCCGGAAAAGUACGAUCCCCAAUACGAUUCCGACGAGAUCCCGGCCGGCGCGAAAUUGCAUCUCAACCUCAAUCUUUUAUGCUAUACUGACACCAUUCUCGAAGCCCGGACGCUGAUGAGUGCGUGGGAUGCGAUCCCCGACGCUGUCCGGGAACAUCUGCUGGAAAUGAAGCCUGUUCAGCGGAGAACCUUCGAGGAGGUCUUCGCCCGCAAACGCGGCUUCUUGGGAAACCAUCGCCAAGACAAAUGGCAGAUCAACUCCAUCAUGAAUGAACCAAGCUGUCCGGUAGGAAAGUUACUCGAGGCGAUCAAGCCGGCCAUGCUUGAGCUACCCACCCGGACCUCGAGUGUCUUCGCCUGUUUCUGUGACAUUGUCCCAGAUGAAAAAGAUGCGGCCUUGAGCCUGCCGCAAGAUUUGUAUAUCUCAACGAUCACUGGCUCGGUCGAAUCGCAAUCAAAACCCGCCCUCUGGGAUCACAUGAGGGACCGCUACCAGCGAGCCUUCCACGUCGCUGUAGGACAGUAUAUCACCGAGAUUGAUAUGAACAACGAGACUGCCAACACUCGGGUUCUGAGUGAUACCGCGCUCGCAAGAUUCCUUAAGAUCCGCGAGAAGUACGACCCACAAGGGCUUUUUCCGAACUACAAGGCCAUCGUUAGAACUCACGCAAAGAUGGAUAAGCUAGACAGCCUUGCGAAGCUUUGA